AUGAUCCCUAAAGUGACUCAAGAGCCAAAGAAUGCUGCUGAAAUUUCAGAGCCAGUGGAGGCCCCAAGACCACCACCACCUUUUCCCAAGAGAUUGCAGAAAAAGAAUGAUGAUCGCAUGUUCACAAAAUUCCUCUCUAUGUUGAGCCAGGUUCAAUUGAAUAUCCCACUUGUUGAUGUGCUUCGUGAAAUUCCAAACUUCACGAUUCCUGUGCGCAUUGGCAAUAUUGAUGUGGGUCGUGCUCUUUGCGAUUUGGGGGUGAGCAUAAAUCUAAUGCCCCUGUCCUUGUUCAAGCAACUGGGCCUGGGAGCUCCAAGGCCCACUACUGUGAUGUUACAGCUGGCUGACAGAUCGAUAGCACACUCUGAAGGGGUGAUUGAAGAUGUGUUGCUGCAGAUUGGGAAAUUCAUCUUCCCUACUGAUUUCAUCAUCCUCGAUUAUGAGGCUGACGAACUGGUUCCAAUCAUAUUGGGGCGACCUCUCUUAGCUACUGGUGAUGCAAUUAUCAAAGUAAGAGAGGGAAAGAUGAUUUUGAGGGUAGAUGAAGAGGAAGCAGUUUUUAAUGUCUACAGAGCAAUCCAACUUCCUCGCCACUAUGAGGAGCUGUCAAUAAUAUCUGUUAUUGAGGUCGAUGAGCAGAUUCAUUAUUCGAAUCCUGGGGUUGAUGAGGAGGUUGAGGAGAUGAUGCAAAUCAUUGAUACAUCUUGUGUGUACCUGCAAGGGACGCACCCCUUCGAGCCUUUGAAUAGACCAAAGGGGCCUCCUCCAAAGCCGUCAAUUGAGGAAGCCCCAAAAUUGGAACUUAAACCCCUUCCACCUCACCUGCAAUAUGCUUAUUUGG